CCCCUCUCUUUCUCGAUUACAAGCCCUAAGAUUUCUCGAUUAACGACAGUCGCCGAGUGAGAGAAGAGGAAGAUAGAGAGAGAGAGAGAUGACGCUUAACGAUGAGCAAGAGCACGAGGUGUACGGUGGAGAGAUCCCUGAGGAGGAAGGAGAGAUGGAGACGGACGAGUACGAGGAACACGUCGGUGAAGAAGAAGGCGCCGCCGCCGCCGGAGGAGACGAGGAGCUUGAGCCAGGCUCUAGCUCUAAGGAUCUGGAGGAUAUGAAGAAGCGAAUCAAGGAGAUCGAGGAAGAAGCUGGAGCUUUGCGUGAAAUGCAAGCCAAAGCCGAGAAAGAAAUGGGCGCUGAUCAAGAUCCAUCAGGUGCUAUUAGUUCGGCUGAGAAGGAGGAAGUUGAUUCCCGUUCAAUCUAUGUUGGCAAUGUGGACUAUGCAUGUACCCCAGAGGAAGUCCAGCAACAUUUCCAGUCCUGCGGAACAGUCAAUAGGGUUACGAUUCUGACAGACAAGUUUGGCCAACCCAAAGGUUUUGCCUACGUCGAAUUCGUGGAAGAAGAUGCCGUUCAGAAUUCUCUUAUCUUGAACGAGUCAGAGCUGCAUGGUCGUCAGAUAAAGGUAUCAGCAAAGAGAACUAACGUCCCUGGAAUGAGACAGUUCCGAGGAAGGCGUCCCUUUAGACCAAUGAGAGGAUUCAUGCCUGGAAUUCCAUUUUAUGCUCCUUAUGGUUAUGGGAGAGUUCCCAGGUUCAGACGGCCAAUGCGCUACAGACCGUACUGAUUAAAAAGCAAAAUUGGGUGGUAAAAGUAGCAGCUGCCUUUUUACUUUCAGUAAGGGUAUUAUCAUCAAUCCGUGUUUCAUUAGGCCGCACACGUUGCUUCGAUUAAACAGAGGUGAGUUGAAGAAUCUUAUGGCAGAAGAGAGAGAGAGAGAGGCAAAGAAUGGAAAAAUAUGUUUUAGAUUUUAUGUACAAUGUUUGAUGAGAGAAGAGAAACAAUUUGAAUUCGUUUUUGUUUUUAUCUUUUGCAAACUCAUAAAGCUUUCUAUUGAGAAUGACACACCUUCCACAUUA